GGCACACUUUAGUUGAAUGCUGACUCUGGAAUAGUAAAUCGUAAUGAAAGUAAUUUUAAUAUUUCUGCUUAUUUCCAUUCCUGCACGUCAAGUGAGCUGUGAAGCUUCCAAGGAGCUGUUGCAGUACAGGACGCGCAGUGUUGAUAAAUGCCUAAAGGCCGGCGCAGUGUUGAUAGAUCGCAUGAUUAAAAUGCAGACCGAUUUUAAUGAGCUGCAGUCAAGCCAGAAUACAAAUGCCCGAGAUAAGAUGGCGAAUAUUACAGCACUGAUAAACGACAAGUUCGAUGGGAUCGAUAAGAGGUUCAAUUUCAAGAAUCCACCAAAAAGUCCAUUCGAGAAAAUUGGUUCUAAGUACUAUUAUAUUGAGUUAGAAACCAAGAGUAACUGGUUCGAUGCUGCGCACAAAUGUCGCCAAUUAAGCGGACAUUUAAUCAACUUAAGGAACGACAGGGAAUAUGAUAAUAUAAGCAAGCAUUUAAUGAAUUCUAAUCUAUCUGCUUCCGAAGCCAAUCGUUUCUGGCUGGACAUGAAUGAUCUCAGUGUUGAGGACCAAUUCCUAUCGUUGACUACGGGCCUGAACGUGACAUUCGCCCACUGGGAGGCGAAUCAACCGGAUGACUUUGACAACGAAGAUUGCGUGGAACUAAGGAUCAAACAGAAUAGAUUUGUUAUGAAUGAUGCCAGCUGCGAGACCAAGAAAUAUUUCAUAUGCCAGAAGGCAUAAGCCAUAUGAAGAUCUAGCAGUUAGCGACAUUGUUCCACCAUGUUGUGGAAUACUUGAAGUAAAUUAAUUAAAUAUGCAAGCUGA